ACAUUCAUAUUUCACAACGAAAUUAUAAAAAUUUUUGAAAAAUAAUGAGGGGUGCCGCACAUGCGCGAAAAAACCCGUCCAAUAUCUCAUCAUUGAUCACAUCAUUGCUUCAAACAAAGAAGAGGGGAUAGAAAUUUGCUUGUUACAAAUCACAAAACUGUUGCUUGUUAGGAAUCGAUACUGUAUUACGUAUUUACAUUACAGUGUAUAAAUUUGUUUGUCUUAUAAUCGAAUAACCUAAUACAGACAUUUACUGAAUAUUAAGUAAAAUAAAGCUAUUUCUAUAGUACAAGGUGAGAAAUAAUUUUGACGUUUGAAUACAAGAAGACAGCCGAGAUGUUGCAUGAAAAACAACCUAACAAAAAUGUUUAAAAUUAUGUUUUUUUCGAAAAAAAGAACUUAAUGUUUAUUGUUCAUUAAUUGUAUUUUUUUUUUAUACGUUUUUCGUUUGUUUUGAACUACGAAGAAAAAGUUUAGUUUACUGAAAGUAUAAUUGUUUCAUUUGUGCAGCUUAAGUUGUAUGAAUGAUUUGAACAAAACAAUGGAACUAGAGGAGCAUAUUUCGCAAACAAUGCAAACACCGUUUGCAACAAAGAAUCCAUCACAUCAUAAGAAACAAACUGCAAAUGAACAUAUAAAUAAUUUAUUCAGGAAGCAUUUUCCCAUUGUAAAUAAUGGACAUUAUUCGUUGCCUGAACCAAAACUAAUGUUUAAGGACUGUCUGUGGAAAGUGAAAGAAUUACAAAUUUUGAAGGAUGAAUUAAAUAAUGUAAAAAGCUAUUUAGAUAAGUAUGAUAGUCACGAAUGGCAGUUGCAUACAAGAUUAAGAAACAUUGCAAAAAAUGUUAUGACAAAUCUAAGAAUCAAAGUUGAGCCAGAACUUUUAACUCAAGCAUGGUGUAAAUUUUAUGAGAUAGUCUCAAGCUUUCCUUUAGUACCAGUAAAUCAUAUUAAUCGUAAUAAUAAAAGCUUUACAUCUAUUCAUUUGUGUGAAGCACCUGGAGCUUUUAUUACAUCUUUAAACCAUUGGUUAAAAACUAAUGAACCUGACAUACAGUGGAACUGGAUUGCUAUGACAUUAAAUCCGUAUUAUGAAGGUAACCCAUCAUCUGUGAUGAUCGAUGAUGAUAGAUUCAUAAGACAUACAUUAGAUCAUUGGUGUUUUGGAGAAGACAAUACUGGAAAUAUUAUGAAUUUAAGUAAUUUAGAUGAACUUAUAAAAGUUUCAGAACUAGAAAAUAAUAUAUUUUUAAUUACUGCUGAUGGCAGUAUAGACUGUACAGAUGUUCCUGCAGAACAAGAAAGUGUUCUGACACAUUUACAUUUCUGCGAAACUGUUGCAGCUUUGCAUCUACUAGCUACAGGAGGUAGCUUCUUAUUAAAAAUUUUUACCACAUUUGAAUGCAAUACAAUAUGUUUGCUUUACUUAUUAUCUUGUUGUUUUGAUAAUGUCAAUGUGAUAAAACCAAUAACAAGUAAAGAAGGAAAUUCAGAGACAUAUGUAGUGUGCAUAAACUUUAAAGGACCAACAUUUAUUUCCCCAUAUUUAGAAAAACUUAGAGAACACUAUGACCAUGGUCCUCAACAGGCAAUAUUUAGUGAAUCUGAUAUUCCACCUGAAUUUAUAGAACAGAUCAUAGAAUGCAGCAAAUUCUUUAAAGCACAUCAAUGUCUAGUCAUAGAGAAUAAUAUUAUUACAUUUAAAUCUACUAAUCGUAAAAUGUUACAUGAUCUGAAACAAAUGCAAUAUAUAGUUGCUGAUAAAUAUAUCAAAGAUUAUAACUUACAAAAACUGAAAUCAGGAGAAAUUGUAGGAAAAGCAGUUGCAUUAGAAAAAAGUACUAAUACUAAUGAACAUAGGAGGACAUUACAAGGAUCUUAUCAUGAACGUUGUGAACAACAACAUUUAUCACCUUCAGAACGAUUAGAAAGUUUUUGUAAUGAUUUUAACAAACUGAAGCUACAUGUAAAAUCCAAUACAUGUAUGAAAUAUGAGUCUACCAAAUUACCAGAAAAUUUACAUAUAUGUUCUGGAAAAAUCUUUCAUAGAAUAUGCAAUUCAAAAUUUUGCAGCAGAAUUGCUUUAAAAAUAAAAAAUGGUGUUGAUGACAUCCUUAUGACAUUGGGUUACAAAAUACAGUUUCCUUCCACAGAAAGUAUAAAAAAAUUAGAAGAUGAAGUUUUUAAUAAAUUUCAACAUAAAGUUCUAGUUUUUCCAAGUACAAAUGAAUAUGAUAGCCAUAAAAUAAUUACUAAAAUUUGUGAUACAAUACAAUGUCUUAACAGUGGAGAAACUUUAAUUUUAAUUGGUUAUCCAUUACUCACUUACCUUAGUGUUGGACUUCUUUAUAUUUUAAGCUGUACAUUUAGUGUACUGAAAGUAACAGCUAGUAACGAUUUAGGCUUAAAAAUUACUUUAGAAAAUUAUAACUCCAAUCUCAAAGCGUUAGAAUUCUUACAUGAAAUUAAAGCUGCUUCUGUCAACAUUGAAAAACAAGGAAAAGCUGUUCUGGAGAUAAUCCCGGUAUCAGUUUUAUAUGAAGGAUUUAAUUUAUGUUAUUCAGCAGAAGAAUUUAAUUGUUGGGUUAUAAAAACAUAUAUUGACUAUGUAUUAUAUAAGGUGAAAGACAAUACUAUUGAUGGGAAAAGUAAUACAUAAAAUAUAUGCUCUGUAAAAAGCCAAAGUUGUAUUACUUUUGGUAUAAUAAACACUAACUACAUGUUUGUAAA